AUGUCUCCUAGUGGAGCUGAAGAGGUACUCUUUCGUUCGGCUAUUGCCGCAAUCAACUCGGACGACCAUCUGCGCGUCUAUACGCAGGACGUUUAUGGUAGAGUCAAAGAAACCUCCUACAACGGAGAAUGGGAAGAUGCAACGAUUGUUGAUGUGAUAACUUCGGUUAAGAUCGGCUCGCCGAUUGCUGCUAUUUCUAAGAAGCUGAAUAAUAUUCGUGUGUACUACAUUUCAGCAAAAAAUAACUUAAGGGAAGCGGCAUACGAUGCGAAUAGAGGAUGGUAUGAUGGUGGCAUUAACUAUGAGGUUGCACCCUACUCUAAGGUAGCUGCGACUUUUCUUCCCGCAGGCGACAAGCUCGUUCCAAGGGUUUACGCCCAGUUACUAGACAACACCAUUCAAGAGUGGGGCCACAACGGCGACGGAGCUUGGAAAUUUUUCAAAAGCCUGGGCAGGGCUUUACCAGGCACAGAGCUUGCAAGCACCUCCUUUAUGUGGUCGCAACUGAGCAUUAGAGUCUAUCUUCAAUCUCCCAAAGUGGAUUUGAUUGAAAAGUGCUAUGAUGCUAAUACAAAUUCGAAUUGGUCUAAUGGACAGUUCAUGGUGGAGAACGCACUUCCUCGGACUGCAAUCACGGCGACGAGCCUUGGCGCCUCGUCGGACAGUUUCAGAUUGCGCGUCUUUUACGCGGCGCACAACCUCCGUCUCAUCGAAAAGAUAUUUGAAGGAAAAGUCUGGGAGGAUGGUGAUUUCAAUAAGCCUACCACCCCGGGAACUAUCCCAGGUACACAGGCUGCUGUGAUCAACUGGGGUGGUAAUCCUAGUGAUCAUAAUAUGCGGGUUUAUUUCCAGAAGGGUGAGCUUGUUACGGGAGUCACUGAAUGGGCGUGGUGGGAUUCUAGCUGGAAGCCUGGCAGACUCGCAAUUCCCCCAGCGUAG